CCAAGCUCCCGGUCGCCACCGCGCCUCUCGUGCGCGCGGCGGUCCGGCGUCGAUGCUAAGCCCUUCCCGCUCCAUCGCUUCCGCCUCUCGUGUAAUUCUGAGUAAGGAUUCAUCCUUCGUUGGCUCUUCUCUGUCGGCAGUUUAUUUUAUGUUUUAUGGGGCUAUGGUGGUUCGGGGGGGAUUUUGAACUGCACUUAGCUGUUCGAAGGAAGGGCCGACCGAAUCAAACCGAAACCGCGUGGAUUGAUACAGGCCGAUGGUAGCUAUCUACUUUGGCAUUCGAUAGGAAAUGGGAAUCAGCAGUGCAUAUUGUUCCCUGUGAUUUGGAUGAGCAGUCAUCAAUGCAGGCGAAUGGACCAACCUCUCCAUCUCGUGCACGUCAAGAUUCUCGCCGCGGACCUUCUCUCCUUAACCGUACGGCACACCUCUCCGACGACGUUCCUCCGCUGCGGCCGUAGGGUUGCGCGUGCGGAGCUCGUCGGAGUCGUCGUCUCGCGUGACCGCAGGGAGAAGUUCCUCCGCUUCCUGGUCGACGACGGCACUGGGUGUGUGCCGUGCAUCCUGUGGCUGAACCACCAGUACUUGAAUGCUAGGACGUCCUCUGGGCCAUCGUCAGACCAUGAUCCUACUGCAGAGAUGGCGCUGAAAAUGUCAGAGGAGGUGCGUCUAGGCACCCUCUUGAGGGUGCGAGGGAAGAUCGCCUCGUAUCGUGGUGCGAUCCAGAUUACUGUUAGAGAUGUGGUUCCGGAGAAGGACCCGAAUUCGGAGGUGCUGCAUUGGUUGCAGUGUGUCCGCCUGGCCAAGGAGUGCUAUGAUCUGCCACCACGUUCUGCUCAAGGUCGCACUUGAAUGGGGUUUACCAUGUGUAGUUUGUACGAGUUUAUCUAUCUCUGCACUUGCUGGAGACAAUCUCUUCUAAGGGGGGCUCUUAAUUCUUUGCCAUCUUUACGAAAACCACUUAAUCACAUGUUAUUGAUAUGGUAUUUUAUAUGCCACUCACCCCUGUAAAAGUGGCAAAAUGUAUUUAGUGUCUCUUCUUUUCCUACUAAAAAAAUUAUCCCA